CGGGAGGAGAGUGGACUGAGAGAGCAGCUCAUUGUUCACACACCUCUCAAGACACUGAUCUGUGUUUACGCCACGGAAUAACAACAAGGGAACAUAUUGGAGAUAACGAUAGUCUACUGCGACUACUUCAGCAGGAUGUCAACUUACAACUGGUCCUUUGAUCUAUUGAGUGAAAAAAUUGUCUGGCUUUGUCCUCCAGGGGUAAUGUGUACCAAUCUGACCCCUGGCCUGAAUGUCAGCCACAUCAAUCUGGAUAAUAGAUGUUUGCCAUACGCUGAGAAAGACAGCCUGGAAAAAUAUCUGGGUCCUCGUCGAUCACCUGUGUUCCUCCCCGUCUGCCUCAUCUACCUGAUCGUCUUUAUGGUAGGCGUGGUGGGGAAUGUGCUGACGUGUACUGUCAUUGCACGCAACAAGGUGAUGUGGACACCAACAAACUACUACCUGUUCAGCCUGGCAGUGUCAGACCUGCUGGUGCUUUUGCUCGGCAUGCCGCUGGAGCUGUACGAGCUGUGGCAGAACUACCCCUUUCUCCUGGGGAAGGGAGGUUGCUACUUUAAAACCUUCCUGUUUGAGACUGUCUGCUUGGCGUCCAUCCUCAACGUGACAGCGCUGAGUGUUGAACGUUACAUUGCCGUGGUGCACCCACUGAGAGCAAAGUAUGUUGUGACACGCACCCACGCCAAACGGGUCAUCCUUACAGUGUGGGGUGUGUCGGUGAUGUGCGCUAUUCCCAACACAAGUCUACAUGGGAUCACCAUCCUUGACAGUUGCUCCACAGGCCCUGAUGGGGUCCUAAACAGGGAGAUCCCUGACUCGGCAGUGUGUACGCUGGUGAAACCACGCUGGGUGUACAACCUGACCAUCCAGGUGACCACUUUGCUGUUCUUCAUUCUGCCCAUGCUCACCAUCAGUGCCCUCUACAUGCUGAUUGGGCUGCAGCUGAAGCGCGAGAAGAUGCAUCAGGCGCUGGAGGCAAAGUCGGGAUUUGGACAGGACAGCUUCUGUAACAUCCGCACACAACAGCAGAAGGCACGUCGCCGGCAGGUCACUAAAAUGUUGUUCGUUUUAGUGGUGGUUUUUGGGAUCUGCUGGGCCCCGUUUCACACCGACCGCCUCAUGUGGAGUUUCAUCAGCGACUGGACCGACAACCAUAUAGAAAUUUUCGGGUAUGUGCACAUCAUCUCCGGAGUGUUUUUCUACCUCAGCUCAGCGGUCAACCCGAUCCUGUACAACCUCAUGUCCACACGCUUCAGGGAAAUGUUCAAGGAGGUCAUGUGCCAUCGGUCACAUCACAUUACUCCAAGAAAAUACUCGCUUAGCGUCACACGAGUAACGCUCCGCAGCACUCUGAGUGAUGCGCCGCUCAGCAAUGGAGCCGCUGUCAUCGAGGCUGAGGUAGAAGAAGAAAGGGAAGUGAGGAUGAAGGAUGAGACCACCUUUCCAACUUCAGGGGUUUGUCAAGGUUUGUCGGUAGGGCAGCAUGGUGUUUAAAAAGAUUCUGAGUCAGUGCAUCCAUCAGCUGUCAUCAACAUCCACUUUGAACUGGUACAUCAGCCAAACACCUAAAAUAGUCUAAGUGGAAGAACUGCAGGGACAAAAAGCACACUCUUCUGCUGAAACUGUCAGACUGCAGAAUAACUGUCAACAUGAAAACUUUAUCUGUAACUCAGCAAAUCACAGUUA